AUGGCGGGCUCGACGCGAUACAUCCGCUACAUCCUGCUGGCGUUCGUGACACUGGUCGUCAUCUUCUUCAUCUCCUCAUCCUCGAGCACCGUCGAUGACCGAGUAAAGUCGGCGACAGACUUGCUGAAGAAGCAGGGUUCCCUGUUCAAAGGCCACUCGCCAUCAUCAGACUCGACAUCACCAUCCCCUCCCAAACCACCCCCUCGCUUCCACAGCGAUGAAGAACACGACACCUCCGGCCAGGUGCUCGGCAACCCACCCUCACUCUCUGAGGAAUCGCCCCCCGAACCCAUGCCGAGCGGGCACUCGAACGCGACCUCACCCAACCCCUCCUCUCAAAAACUGGGCACCAACAAGCAGCCCUUCACCCACAACCCCGUUGCCCCCGGCGAGCGCAUGAAUGCCACCUUUGUCACCCUCGCCCGCAAUAGCGACGUCUGGGAAAUCUCACGCAGCAUCCGACAAGUCGAAGACCGCUUCAAUCGCAACUACGGCUACGAUUGGGUCUUCCUCAAUGAUGACGAGUUCGACGACACCUUCAAAAAGGUCACCACCACCCUCACCUCUGGCCGCGCACGGUACGGCAAAAUCGGCGAGGACCACUGGGGCUUCCCAUCUUGGAUCGACCAGGAGAAAGCCGCCACGGUCCGAGAGGAGAUGCGCGAGAAGAAGAUAAUCUACGGCGACAGCAUCUCCUAUCGCCACAUGUGCCGCUACGAGUCCGGCUUCUUCUUCCGCCACCCUCUAAUGAUGGAGUACGAGUACUAUUGGCGCGUCGAGCCCAGCAUCGAGCUAUUCUGCGACGUCUCCUACGACCCCUUCAAGUAUAUGGCAGAGAACAACAAAAAAUAUUCCUUCGUCCUUUCGCUCUACGAGUACCGCGAAACCAUCCCCACGCUCUGGGAUAGUGUGAAGAAUUUCACGCAAUCCUUCCCGCAGCACAUUGCCAAGGACAACGCCCUCUGGUGGAUCUCCGAAGACGAGGGCAAGAACUACAACAACUGCCAUUUCUGGUCCAACUUCGAGAUCGGUAGCCUGGAAUGGCUGCGCAGCGACGCUUACAUCGACUACUUCACCCAUCUGGACAAGGAUGGGGGGUUCUUCUACGAGCGAUGGGGUGACGCGCCGGUGCAUUCGAUUGCGGCGGCACUGAUGCUGCCGAAGGAUGAAAUUCAUUUCUUUAAUGAUAUUGCGUAUUAUCACGUGCCUUUCACGCACUGUCCAACUGGCGAGCAGACACGACUCGACCUCAAGUGUCACUGCGACCCGAGUCACAACUUCGACUGGAACGGCUACUCAUGCCUGGCAAGAUGGUACGAUAUGAACGACUGGGAAAAACCUGAGGGGUGGCAGGAUGAGCAGUGA